AUGGAAAAUACCACACUUGUCUCUCUUUAUAAUGAAGAACAAAAAGAAAAUAAUCAAACAACAAUUAGAAUAGAUGGAAGUUCAUCUUCUUCAAGUGAAGAAAGUUUUCAAGGAUUUAGUUUUAGUACAAUACUUCUUCCACAUCAUUCAAAUGAAAAAGAAGAUGGAUUUGUUGAUAUUGAUGGAUAUUUAACUCCAUUUGAGAAUGAAACAAAUAUUUUUAAACAAAUAUUGUAUUGUGUAUUUCCAUGUUUAAUACCACCAUUUAUUUCUAAUAAAAGAAUAGAAAAAUAUAUAAGAGCAACAAUGUCUAUAUCAUUUAUUUUUACAUUAUUAUUGAUUGGAGUAUUUAUUGGAGAAUUAUGUAUAUGUGGAAUUACAU